CACGCUAAGCUCUGCCAGGCCGGUUACCAUGUGCGUAGCGCAGUUACUUCUGCCGCAGCCAAACCUUCCACCGUCCCAUCACCCCAGCUUUCAACUAGUGAAGAAGGCUUCCAGUUGGCUUGCAUCUCCCAACCAUCCCUCUGGCCCUGCUAUUCCCGUGUGGCAAUUGUAUUCAAUGCUGGAUCUCGAUACGAACGCGAGGGUAAGGAUCGGGGGAUAACGCACCUCAUACGCCGCUCUUGUGGCCUAUCCACAUUUGAUCACAGUGCCGUGAACAUGACGAGGCACCUUCAGCAGAUGGGGGCGCGUGUCACCUCCACCACCACUCGGGAACAUAUGAUCUACACUGUGGACGUGGCACCAAACCUUGUUUCACGAGCCGGCUCUAUACUCGCUGAGCUGGCUACGGGUUCGGUAUUCUACCAUUGGGAACUCAAAUCCAUUGCAAACAAACUGAUGAAGAAAGAUAUCGACCUGUUGAAUCGCCGACAUUUACCCGCACUUGCCAUGGAAUUACUCCAUGAGGCUGCUUUUGGCUUAAACCCGCUCGGGUCUGGUCUUGGGUACUCUCUCUUUGCCCCAGCUGACCGAGUGGGCUCCUAUACCAUCGAUCAGAUCGAGAAAUUUCAUCAGUACUUUUUCACUCCCGCCAACACCACCAUCGCUUUGGUUGGACAUGAAUCAGAUCAAGAUGGCCUUGAAUUAUUGCGCCACAUCAAGGGUGGCCUGAAGGUUCGUGCCCCCAAAACGGUUCCUGAAAAAGUGACAUACGUCGUGACCUGGCUGCAGCAUCCAGCUUCCAAUGAGACGGCUUUUGAUUUGGCUGCCAGCCUUCUCACUGGCGCCAUCGGACGGGUCGCAUACUCCCACGGUCAGACACAAACUCACUUAGCGCCUGGAAAUAUUGAUGACGGAGUUGAAGCUGUCGCCUUUCAUAAGGCAUACACGGGAGAUGGCCUCUUUGGUGUCAGCGUAUCUGGCCCAACAGCUCAGGCAGUGGAAGGACGCCUCUUCAACAUUGUGAGUGCAAUCCGAGCAGCCAAGUUUACGACUGAAGAGUUGGCUAGAGCGAAAGCAUUACGGAAAGCCGACAUCCUGAUGUCGUUCGAAAGUCCCCUGACUUUGGCUACCGACCUAGCUGUGCAAGUUUCAAAGCCAGGACAUAUGUACCAGAGCCCAGAAGAUCGUACUGCUGCUGUAGACAAGGUUUUCAGCCAAAUGGCCAAGUCAUCGAGAGCAGCGUUGUCAGUUGUGGGCCCGGAAGCCGGAGAAGUUCUACCACUGACUGUCCUUUUGUCUUAGUGCUUUCCGAUUUGUUCUCAUUCGUAGGCCGUAGUGCACUCACCUUGCCUCUGUUUUAAACCACAAACGACAGUUGAAUUACCUUGGCACGUUGCUGACUUUUUGCUCAGGAGCUAAGGCAUUGUGAGUGUUGCAGUGCACAACCAUUCUGAAUAAUCACUGUAUGGUUUUACCAUAGGAACACGGUGACUUUCGGCCUCGUCCUUGUCGGUACUUUGUGUUUCUAAUGCACAAAUAGAUGGUUAUUAUGACUAGACUAC